GUGGUGGAUGAGACGCAGCUGCUGGACAUAGCCGGUGGUCCAGAUUUUGAUCAAAUAAGUCACAUUGAGGCAUCCGUGGUGCCGCAGUCAUCGUGGCGAUGUGCUCGCGCGGGAUGAUCGGUGAGGUGUUCCACUGACCGCGCCCUCAUUUCUCGCCCAUAAACCGCUAUUGGAAAAGAGAGGGAGUACCGGGAGAGCGGGGACCGCGCAGCAGAUUUGCUGUAUCGUUUCAUACGGGCAUGCAGGUGGAGCGGCUCGACUCGCGCGCGCGCUCUCACAGUCAUCGUCUGUACGCCGGGGGAAGGGGAGUGCACGCGUCGCAUUUCUCCUCUCUGGACUAUACAAAACAUACACGCCAAAAUUUCUGCUGAGAAGUGUGGAUAAAGCGCACGCACUGUGAAACAUUUAGCAACAAAAAGCAGAUCCCUCUUCAAUGAAGGAUUUCUGACAGCACCAACUGGAUCUGUGCGACUCAUCCCCUGCUCAGUGGAAUGCAGACGCACCUCUCCGGAGGAAUGGAGGUUUUCUGGUGAAAAGAAAAUUAUGCAUUUGACCUACUAUCCACAAAAUACAACUGCAGCAGUAAUCCUACUUCCACCAGAGGGUGAGAUGCAUAAAUCGGUCUUUUAACAUGUUGAGUCAACUAGAUUUUUAGGCCAGUUAUAGAUUUCGAAGCGCUACGUACCGCGUGAGGUUCUUUUUCUCGGAUUACAGAAGUAUUCCUCAACGGAGAUGUUCGGAGGAGAAUCAAGAUGGAGAAUCAAAUGAAAAGAAACUUAAAUACUAGGGGGUUUUAGAAAACUGAGACCUUACUACUUCAGCAACGCUUUUUUUGAAAAGGCCAGAUAAAUUAAUACUCUGGACUGGGAAUAAAUCUCUCCUUAUCAGUGGAUUAAGAGAAACUAAACAUAAGAAAAGAAGGAUUAGGUGCACGCUUGGAAGAUGAUGACGUGGAUGUGGAGGUGCGGCGCGAGGUUGUUGCUGGGCCUGAUAGUGGCCGUCUCGCUGUCCGUGGCCCUGGAGUUUGACGGCCUGCCGGGUCAAUGGGUCCGCUACAGACCUUGGGAAGCAGGUGCCACUGGAGAGCUGAGCUUCACCAUGAAGACCAACAUCAGCAAGGCUGUAGUGUUGUACAUGGACGACGGAGGUAACUGCGAUUUCCUGGAGCUGCUGGUCAACAAUGGUCGCUUGCAGUUGCGAUUCGCCAUCCACUGCGGCGAGCCGGCCUCGUUGCACAUGGAGACGCACAUCAACGAUGAGCGUUGGCAUCGUGUGCUGCUCACGAGGAACUACCGCGAGACCAUGCUGGUGAUGGACGGAGAGGCCAAAGUGGCGGAAGUGAAAUCCAAGCGUAGAGAGAUGAUGGUAGCCAGCGAUUUAUACGUUGGUGGGAUCCCACCAGAUGUCCGCCUGUCGGCCCUCACGUCCAGCACCGUCAAAUACGAGCCGCCUUUCCGAGGCUUGAUCGCCAACCUGAAGUUAGGGGAGACUACUCCUGUGCUCCUGGAUAGCCAGGGGGUGAAAGACGAUCUGGAAUAUCUCUGUAGCAAGCAAAACCCCUGCAGCAAUGGAGGACGUUGCUCCAUUCGCGAAAGUGAGGUGCUUUGCGAUUGCACUAAUACAGGCUAUAAAGGGAAAUACUGCAGCGAAGCUCUCCAGCAAGUUCUGGGAGGUCUGGCGCACCUGACGUUAAAGAGCCAAGCCCCAGGAGCAGCUCCUCUGACGGCCAUUCCAACAGCAGGUGAUCCCCAAUCAGGCCAAGCGGAGUCAGUGGCCACGUUCAAGGGUAACGAGUUCUUCAGCUACGACCUGUCCCAGAAGCCCAUCCAGAGCAGCACAGAUGAGAUUACGCUGUCCUUCCGGACUCUGCAGCGAAACGGCCUCCUGCUCCACACCGGCAAAUCGGCAGAUUACGUCAACCUGUCUCUGAAAAGCGGAGCAGUGUGCCUGGUCAUCAACCUGGGCUCAGGUGCCUUCGAGGCUCUGGUGGAGCCAUCCGACGGCAAGUUUAACGACAAUGCGUGGCACGCCGUCCGUGUGUCUCGCAACCUGCGUCAGCGCGCAGGGGUCGGACUCCCUACGGUAAACAAACUGCAUUAUAUGGUUACCAUAUCAGUGGAUGGGCUGCUGACCACCACAGGCUACACUCAGGAGGACUACACCAUGCUGGGAUCUGAUGAUUUCUUCUACGUAGGAGGCAGCCCGAACACCGCGGAUCUGCCCGGCUCCCCCGUGAGCAACAACUUCAUGGGUUGCCUCAAAGAUGUGGUCUACACCAAUAAUGAGUUCAGGCUGGAGCUCUCCCGCCUGGCUGAAUCGCACGACCCCAAGGUCACUCUCCACGGUGACCUGACCUUCCGCUGCGAAGAUAUCACCGCUUUAGACCCCAUCAGUUUCGACACCCCAGCUGCUUACGUAACCCUGCCGCGCUGGAACGCCAAGAAAACCGGCUCGGUGUCCUUCGACUUUCGCACCACAGAGCCCAACGGCCUCCUGCUGUUCAGUCACGGGCGGCAGCAGGGUGCGAAAGACCGCAGACCGAGGGUGGACUUCUUCGCCAUGGAGCUGCUUGAUGGAUUUCUCUACCUGCUCAUGGACAUGGGCUCUGGUAGCAUCAAAAUGAAAACUGGGAACAAGAAGGUUAACGAUGGGGAAUGGUGCCACGUGGAUUUCCAGAGAGAGGGCAGGAAAGGCUCCAUCUCUGUUAAUGGUCGCAGCAUUCCCUUCUCCACCAACGAGGGGAGUGAGAUCCUUGAUUUGGAUGGUGAAAUGUACCUGGGGGGUCUGCCCGAAGACAGCGGCGGUCUCCCUCUCCCCCCAGAAGUAUGGACCGCCUCCCUCAGGCUGGGCUUUGUGGGUUGCGUGCGGGACCUCUUUGUAGAUGGGCGCAGCAAAGACCUGCGACGUCUGGCCGAGCUUCAAAGCUCUCCGGACGUUAGCAGUUUUUGCACGAGAGAGACCCAUCGGAGGUGCAGCUCCGAGCCAUGCGUCCAUGGAGGACGCUGCCGCGAGGGUUGGAACCGACAUGUGUGCGAUUGCACCGGGACUGGAUAUCUGGGCCCCAACUGUGAGAUGGAGUCCGCAGUGCUGAGUUAUGAUGGCAGCAUGUUUCUGAAGGUCCUGAUGUCUCAUGCUGUUCACACCGAGGCUGAGGAUGUUUCUCUUCGCUUCAUGUCUCAAAGAGCUUAUGGUCUGCUCAUGGCCACCACCUCCAAAGAGUCUGCCGACACCCUGCGCCUGGAGCUGGACGGGGGAAGAGUCAGACUCACCGUCAACCUAGAUUGUAUCGGGAUAGACUGUAACCUUAGUAAAGGACCGGAGACUCUGUUCGCAGGGCAUAAACUGAAUGACAAUGAAUGGCACUCUGUGAAGGUGGUGCGCCGUGGGAAGAGCCUGCAGCUCUCUGUUGAUAAUGUGACCGUGGAGGGCCAGAUGAGCGGAGCGCACACGCAGCUGGAGUUCCACCACAUAGAGACGGGCAUCAUGACCGAACGCCGCUUUAUCGCCGUCAUGCCUUCCAACUUCAUCGGCCACCUGCAGGGCCUCUCUUUCAACGGCAUGUCGUACCUGGACCAGUGCAAGAACGGCGACAUCUCCUACUGCGAGCUCAACGCACGCUUCGGCAUGCGCCGCAUCGUGGCCGAUCCGGUCAGUUUCCGGAACCGGGCCAGUUAUGUGGCGCUGUCCACUUUGCAGGCGUACGCUUCCAUGCACCUUUUCUUUCAGUUCAAGACCACCAGCCCAGAUGGCCUGAUGCUGUUUAACUCUGGAGAUGGAAGCGACUUCAUCGUAAUUGAACUUGUGAAAGGGUACAUCCAUUAUGUGUUUGACUUGGGCAAUGGGCCGUCGCUCAUGAAGGGCAACUCUGACAAGCCGCUCAAUGAUAACCAGUGGCACAACGUGAUGGUGUCCCGUGACGACAGCAACGUGCACACGCUCAAGAUAGACUCCCGCACCGUCACCCAGCACUCCAACGGAGCCCGCAACCUGGACCUGAAAGGAGAGCUGUACGUUGGAGGCGUGGGGAAGAGCAUGUACAACAGUCUGCCCAAGCUCAUAGCGUCUCGGGACGGGUACCAGGGCUGCCUGGCCUCAGUGGAUCUGAACGGCAGGUUGCCGGACCUCAUUGCUGAUGCUCUGCACCGGGUGGGUCAGGUGGAGAGAGGCUGUGAAGCUGGCCCUGGCACUACCUGCACAGAGGACUCGUGCUCCAAUCAGGGAGUGUGUCUGCAGCAGUGGGAGGGGUUUAACUGCGACUGCACCAUGACGACAUACGGAGGUCCACUCUGCAGUGACCCUGGAACCACAUAUAUUUUUGGUAGAGGCGGAGCUCUCAUCACGUACACCUGGGCCCCCAAUGAUAGGCCAAGCACAAGGGCAGACCGCUUGGCGGUGGGCUUCAGCACCCAGCAGAGUGAUGCCAUCCUGGUGCAGGUGGAGAGCAGCCAGGGUCUAGGAGAUUACCUGCAAUUGCACAUUGAACAAGGGAAGGUCGGCGUGAUCUUCAAUGUGGGCACAGAUGACAUCACUAUAGACGAGCCCGCUGUCACCGUGAACGACGGCAAGUACCAUGUGGUCCGCUUUACGCGCAGCGGUGGCAACGCCACCCUCCAGGUGGACAACCAGCCCGUCAUUGAGCGCUUCCCAUUAGGGAGCAUUGAUAAUGAACGACUUGCUAUAGCCAGGCAAAGAAUUCCAUACAGACUUGGUCGGGUAGUUGACGAGUGGCUACUCGACAAAGGUCGCCAGUUGACCAUCUUCAAUAGCCAGGCAGCCAUUAAGGUGGGUGGUCAGGAUAAGGGACGGCCAUUCCAGGGACAGAUCUCAGGCCUGUACUACAACGGCCUCCAGGUGUUGAAACUGGCAGCGGAGGGGGAUCCCAAUGUGCAGGUGUCAGGGAACUUGCGUUUGGUGGGGGACGCGCCCUCCGUCCUGUCUACCGAGACCACCUCGGCCACCCCUCCGGCUGCGGCAGAUAUGUCCACCACCAUAAUGGAGACCACCACCACGAUGGCAACCACCACCACCCGUAGACAGCGCUCGCCCAGCCUGAAGGACAGUAUUACACAGAAUUCAGAUGAUCUGCUGGUGGCCUCAGCUGAGUGUCCCAGUGAUGAUGAAGAUCUGGAGGAGUGUGAACCUGGCACUGGAGGUGAACUAGUGUUGCCCAUAAUAACAGUGGACACCCAAGAUUCCCUUCCCAUGGCCACCCGUUACCCCGCUAUCCCCGCCCCUCCCACCUCCCUCACCCCUCUCCAGACCACCAAAGAGUCCCUCAUUCUAUCCGACCCUCGUCCGCCAUGCCCUCCAGACCAGGAGGACUGUGGCGACCCCAUGGAGGUGUCGGCCUUCGGCUCCGGAGAAAUGACGGAGUCCGAUGACGAGGACUUUUAUAAAAACUCCCCCAUGGUCACUGAUAGGACGGUCCUGCCCCCACCACCUGGGGUGGGCAAAAGCCCAGGCGGUCACCGCCCACCAGUCCCUGCGCCCACCACUCACCCUAACCAGCUCCACAUCCCCGCGGGCAAAAUGAAUACCCGUGACCAGGUGCUUCUUCCCCCCGCCCCGUCCUCCCGCCACACUCCUGGGCUUACCUACCCACCUGAUUACCCUCAUGUCCCCACAGCUCACCCUACAGAUCUGAUGGAAAAGGGCCGCCCGGGUGCCGUGGAGGUGAUUAGGGAGUCCAGCAGCACUACGGGCAUGGUAGUCGGCAUUGUGGCGGCCGCCGCCCUCUGCAUCCUCAUCCUGCUUUACGCCAUGUAUAAAUACCGCAACCGAGACGAAGGUUCUUAUCAGGUGGACCAGAGCCGUAACUCCGGCUCGGAAAGCAACGGCGCUGUAGUCAAAGAGAAGACGCCGAGCACAACCGCCGCUGUCGCCAAGACGACCACCAAGGGCAAGAAGAAUAAGGACAAGGAGUAUUACGUCUAAAGAAUGUGUGUGAGGACAAGGAGGAGAGGAGGUUAACAAGAAAGGGGCCGAGGAUUUUAAAACUUCAAAUCACCUCCUCUGCAUCCUCAAACAUUUAAGCCACACGAUCUUCUGUUUACUUCUGCAAACGUUUUCUCCUCUUCUGCCACAGAAAGAUACAAAGGAGUAAAUGUGGAGGAAGAAAUCCUGAUGAACAGAUCCUCCCUUUUUGUCUUACAAAGCCAUUGUUGUAUGUAAUUUUAUCCCUUUCAUGUCUAAAGAAAAUCUUUCAUUACAUUCCAGAUGAUGUAAUGCUCUCUACGCUCUUGGCGAUUAAAAAUUUAUGUUUCAUGUGGCCUGGGCUUUCACGGGAGGGUAACCAAACACCAUGGGCAGAGAGAGAAACCAACAGUUUUUACAACCGUCUCCAUACACAAGCAUUCGGUGCUAUUCCUGAAUAUUUAACAUAUAAAAUGAGUCCUAGACUGGCCCCCCAUUGAAGUGAUUUACGGAGAAUAAGAAGUGUUAUCAGAUGUUUCUUUGCAAGGAGACAAACAGGUGCUCGUAUCAGUUGUUGAAAAGAGGUGUCAAAUCUGACACUUUUUUUAGUGAGAAAAAGGUAUUUGGUUAGAAAUGUGGCAGAUGACAUCACAGCUUGUUUUAUAUUCCUUUAGAAUUGAAAUACCAGAGGGGUCUGAAUUAAUUUCCACUUGGAUAUCUCUUGUCAGGUGUAUAAAUGAAGAUUAAACUGCCCCGUCAUGAAAUACAUGAAUCUAUUUCGUUCUUUGUUGUUUGACUGCCAUGGUUUUAUAAACAGGCUUUCUUGCAUAUUAUCAGACAGCAAGGCCUGCUUGAAGUUUUGAAGGUAAAGAAAAAACCUCUCUUCUGGUCGCGAUGUCUCUCUCUCUCUCUCUCUUUCCAUGGUCCUGAAACAUUGUGAUUUGUUAGGCAACUAAUUGUGUUCCAUGCAUGAUGUAUUCACAUUCAGCUUUCGAUGAGAGUUUUUUUUUAAUAUGAAAUGCAAAUCAUUAAAUUGAUGACUCUCAUCUCAUCUGGAGGACCCCAUAUAUACGACGAGAGAGCACAACACGGACAAAAGAGACCUCAGAAAGUUUGACUGUCCUGAACUGCGGAUCGGCUUUCGAAAAGAUGUUGUACCUAUGUAAAUACAGGACAUUGCCGAAAAAUACAUCAGGAUACAGGAUUGUGUGUAUUGUGCAUACAGUAUGUAUGCGUGCGUGCGAGUGUGUGUGUGUGCGCUUAUGUGUGUGCGUGUUUGUCCUCGUUCGUCCUUUGGCAUGAGAAAGAUAUACGCAAGACUGCAGUACGAGAACUCUUUCUCUUGCCCGUUAUAUUCUCUAUGGUGUGAAACUAAAGCCCAAUACCCGUCAGAAUGAGACUACUACAGAAAGUGAAGCAAACAGGAUAAGGAGAACAGAGGGGAAAUCGUCUUUGGAGACUCUGUGGCAUCUCCACACAGGGAACUUAUAUAACUGCAUCGAGAUGCCAACUCACCACCCCCUAAACUUUAAAGGAAAAGGAAAUCCAUGACUUUGGAUAAAGCAGCACAACCUUGUGUCCAGACUUUUGUAUCAUGGAAGGGGAGGAAAAAAUUGAAAAAAAUAAAAAAACAGUAUAUCGUCUAGAUAUUUCUCACAUUUGAAAAUAUGGUUUUCCUGAAUUGACAUUCCUUGUUAUUACAAAGAGUUUUUUGUUUAGUCCUUUAUCUUCAAAUAAAAAAGAAAUAUAUAUUAUUCACAGCAGAUAUUACUUCAGUUACAGGAAGUGAUUUUCAAAUGUGAAAUUCUGAAAUGUUCUUAAAAUUUGGUAAAAGCAUUACACUUAUACCUCCAUUUUGCAUUUGAGUUCUUUUGUUACGUCAUCAACGGGGCUUUUUGUUUGUGUUUUUGUUUUGUUCGUUCUUUUGAAAUAUAAUUGUCAUUUACAUAUGCUGGUCAAAGUAUAUUCCCGUUCUUAAUGUAAUUGUAAAGUGUUACUGUGACAUGAAAUCUAAAUAUGUGUACAUUGACAGAGGGAAAAAUACACUUGGUUCUAUACUUCGUA